AAGUGAGACAGGUUUCUUAAUGUUUUUACUGUCAAGGAUUCUACCGUCUGAAAUCAAUUUUAAGCUUUGUUCACAUUCCUUCUCUUGAAGUGUGAUGUUAAGCUGUUCCACAAAAAAAAUUAUAUAUAUAUAUAUAUAUUUUUUUUUACUUGACAUUAGUAUUUAAUUGUCAUCCCUAUUUGCUUCCCUGUUAAGUGUUGACUAAUCAUAGAUGUUGAGGCCUAGCUUUAUUUGACAGUUAGAUUUAUUUUUAUUUUUUUAUAUUGGCUUGUUUUAUUCAAUUCUUGGAGGCUGAGUCUUAUUUAUCUGAGAGAAUAUAAUCUUAAUUUUGAAAUAAUCUAGACUGGAUGUGUAGAUCUAAUUGCUUUUGACUUUACUGACCAGAGCAUUGACAGGGUCAUAGUUAGUAAUUAAAAGCUGUCUGAUAGUGUAAUAGGAUGGUCAUGCUAUAGGAUGGUCAUGCUAUAGGAUGGUCAUGCUGUUGGAGGUUAUCUAUGUUCCCAGGGCACAUAUGUUCCCCUAUUCAAUGUUCAAUGGAACAUAUUAACAACGCUUUUGUUUUCAGGUCCAAUUGAACCCGUCAUGAUAGAAUAUCGCAUAAGUAAAUAUUAUCAAUUAUAAUUUUAUUGGAAUACGGGUUCAAAAGUACUAUAGAAAUACAAUGAAGCCAAUGAUUAACGUUUGAUUUUGAUCAAUAUAGGUCUAACACUGUGCUAUGGGGACUGAAGUGGGAAACAUGAGACCCUGGGCACAUAGGAAUGACUCCCAUCCUGUAGUAAAGCGUUACAGUCUUGCACUUUCAUUUGCAUUUCCUUAACAAUCAACCUCUACCUCACCAUCCUGCCCCACUGUGUUACGACUUAUAACCCAAAAUAUUCAGUACGCAAGUGUAACACACUUGGUUUUGAGGGAAUGAUAAAACAAUUGUAUUAGUUAUGUAAUUUGUGUGUAAGACAUUGAUGAAUUGUCUCUGAGAGGAACUCCUCACUCAAACCUCAUCACUUGUCUGAUUGCUAACUGAGCGCAGCAGGUGAAAUACAAUUAGCACACAAUGCAAAUUACAGGGUUUGCAAUGCAAAUUAAAUCAUUAGCACUGUCAUCAACAUCAGGCUAUACAUCCUGUUUUGUUGCAAUUUUUCUGAAGAAAAAUCAGGGUUGAAAUGAUCAUGGAGAUGUUUAUCAGACUGGGUGAUUAGAAUAUGGAUCACACCCAGAUUGUCAAAAUGUGAUACAUGAUUCUAUAUUCUAGCAAUCUGAAGAGAAUCAUAAAAAAAUCAGGUUUUUCAUCUGCACUUGCACUAGGAGUCCUGUUUAAGAAAUAUAUAUAUAUAUAUAAAAAUCUGUGCCACAGAUACUUCAAACAAUUCAAGCCAGCUGGGGCGGUUCACUAAUGAUGUGUCCAUGAAAACGCUGUGGGGGUCACCCAGUGUCUUCACACUGAGCACAGCGAAGUCUUCAACCUUCUUUUUGGUUUUUGUCUAAAGGGUAGCUGACAAGGCAUAGAGUUAAGAGUACAAGCAACAAAGCUUGGGGGGGGGGGGAAGAAUCAUUUUCUGUUGCAGGCUUUUAUGUGAUGAGUUUGUGUAGGUUAAUGAUAUAAACAUGCCAUUGUGAGGUUCUCUGUUCAAGGAGUUCCUGACACAGCAGACAAAUAAGGAGGUUCAUGCCUAGAAGCGCUCUUAACACAGGACACUGUUUAAUCAAACUGCAACUUGGAGGUUAGUGAAUUGCAAGGGGUGUAAAAUCCAGAAGCACAAUUUCUGUUUUGAAGAGGGAACAAAAGCUAUUAUCUGAAUUGCUUGUCGGCCGUACACUAGUCUGACCACAGACAAAAGGGAAAAACAUUACUGUAAUUCCCUGGGGGGAUGUGGCAAUGCUGCAAGUGAAAAACUUGCCAGUGUCUCAUUGUGAAAUGUGUUGAAACGUAGGUUUUAUAUGGCGUUUGAGUACAGAAUAUCCUUCAUUUCAGAUUUACAACUGUAAAGAACAGAAUGAAUGCCGUAAUCCGGCGUUCCUUACAUGCAGGUCAAUGAAAGUGAAAACCCUAUCGAAAACUUCUAAUCACUUGGGAUCUUUGGGUUUGUCUAUGUAUAAGUGUGUCUAUUUGGUAAGUGUCACUCGUGUGCCGUGAAAUGGUGCCUGACUGGAUCUUUUGUUAUUGGCUGUGUGUGGAAUCAUUUCUGCGCUUAGAGAGGCACCUCACCCCAGCACCCGCGUAAUUAAUGUGUCCGUGCCUAUUUAUAGCAUGUGUACGCGUGCACGUACGCACGUGCGUGACAACCGAGAAAUGAGUAGAGUGGGGGUAGUGUGUAGUAUCUGACAGCGUGGGGUGGUGCACCUCCACCUGCUGAUUUGUAUCAUAGGCUAUAGACCAUAAAAUCAUCACUGUCACUCGAUGUGCUACAUUAUACGAUUUUAUAGCAAAAUAAACAAGAUAGGCCUACUCAAUCACUUUACCAUGAACGUAUUACAUGAAAUAUAGGCUAUAAGCUUUGAGAAUGUAAUUAUUGCAAUGCCGAAUCUCCGAGACCAUUAAGGAAAUCACUGAAUAAACAACACAAUUCCAAUUGUCAACCUCUAGAGUUGCUAAUGCCGAGAGAGUUGUACGGUAAGAAUUCGGAGAAUCAAUUAGCCUAUACUAAAGGCAACCAAUCUGUGAUGGAGUUAGUCAAUUGUGCAAUCAACAGUAUAGGCCCACAAGAAGUGGUCCAAUCACAAAUAAAUGGUAACACGUGUAGGCAGGGGUAACCUAUAUGGUCAAUUUAAGUUGCUUUAUGUUCUUUGGGGUAUUUCGUGUAGGCCUACCAAUAUUGUGUGUGAACAUAACUGCACAGUGCACACAGUAGAGUUCAAUAACUGGCAGAUGAGGGUAACCUUUCUUAGCAGGCUUGAUAUCCGACAUCCCUCAGCAACAGCUAGAGGAAGAUGAAGUGCUGCACUUCCUAUGACCAUAUUCGGAUAGUGCCGCUGAUGCGGGAGCAUCAGUAGCCUAGACAGCUCGGUGAAAAUGAGCGCGUUUUAUUUCCAUCAAAUACAAUAAAUGAACGUUUAUUGCCAUAGUUUAUUUGCUCCUAUCAUUUUUGAGAAGACGCUGUCAAACCUUGAACGUCGAUUGUUUUUUGUUAAAGGAACUCAAAAGCACCCGACAACAACAACAUUUGCAAACUGUGAAUGAGAAAGCUACAGAGAGGAAAUCAGAAUGACGACACUGCUGGACCUAAAGAGCAGUGUGAUGAGGCAGGUGCAGAGGAGCCAGUCCCUGAGGGGACGGAGGGAACCUGCAACCUCUGUCAGCAGCCCCCCGUCUCACCGCCCUGACCCUCAACCCCGCGGGGCUCCAGAAGAGAAGGGGGAGUUCUUUGAGCGCAUGAACAACAUACUCCAGAAGCAGGAGAACAUUCUGCAUGCUGACAAUGCUGAGUGCCAGGGAGGGAGCAGCACUGCAGCCCCACCCCCCGAACACAUUGACCAGGCAUUUGUACCAGACAGAGCCAGCAGGAGGGAGCUGGACCUCUUGUAUGAGGAGGCAGUGUACACAGUGGUGAACAGGGUCGGAGUGCCUUCACCGGAAUAUGUCGCCGGAGAAGGAGAUAUCUUCAGCUACUUGCUAAAGGUGUUUGAUCUGGGUCAGGAGGAGCAUGACAUUACUCUGCAGAGAGUCCAAGAAUCCAAGAGAGCCAGUUUCUCCCUGAGGGUUUCUGUCAUGAAAGGAAAAAAUCUAAUGGCAAAAGAUGCAAACGGGUACAGCGACCCCUAUUGCAUGCUGGGAAUCCUGCUGGGUCAGAGCCCACGAGAGACAGAGGAGAAAAAGGAGAGGAAGUUUAGCUUCAGGAAGAGGAAGGACAAACUGGAGAAGCGUUCCAGUGUCAAGGAAGUUCUGGCUGCACGCUGCAUCCAGGUCACUGAGGUCAAGCCUGAAACCCUCAACCCUGUUUGGAAUGAGCACUUUGUCUUCGACAUCGAUGAUGUCCAUAGCGAUCUACUGCAUCUAGACAUAUGGGAUCACGAUGAUGAUGUCUCGGUGGCUGAAGCCUGCAAAAAACUGAAUGAAGUCAGUGGAUUCCGAGGAAUGGGCAGGUACUUCAAGCAGAUUGCUAAAUCAGUUCGGUCCAAUGGAACAGCAGCAUCUGGGUCCGAGGAAAAUGCUGAUGACUUCUUGGGGUGCAUCAACGUUCCUCUAAAUGAGAUCCCUGUUGUUGGGUAUGAUAAAUGGUUUAAACUUGAGCCCAGGUCUAGUGCCUCCAAGGUCCAGGGGGAAUGUUACCUGAUCCUGAAGCUCUUCACAACCCAGAGAGACACAACACUGAGUAAGAGGGAUUCUAAUAUUUUCAUUCACAAGAAAAUGCUGAGUCAGAUACUUGAGUAUGAACACGCUCACAUUCAGAAAGAGCCUUACAACUGGAACGGGCAAGUGACUCCACCAGCAUGGACUGUGCUCUCCCAUCAUGCAGUUCAAACUGACCUCUCACCCCUGCAACAGGCCAUCAUCCGCUGGCAGUGCUACAGCAGCCACCACCGGUCCCAGAGGGUCUGCUACACCCUGCUGCUGCGUCUCCUCAGAACCAUCGAUGCAGAGUGGGAUCCCCCCGAGGUCAGAGGAGAUCUGGAGAGGCAGCUGUCUGACAGCUUCCGGCUCCACAUAGAGCACUGCCUGGGCCUGAUGAAGAACAUGCGUCAGGUGUUUCCCAGUUCCUGUCCAUCCGCCAUCACACGCUGUGAACUCAUGCUGAGGGGGAUAGGACACAUGCAGACCAUGCAGGCAUUCAAGACCGUUUGUCCUUUACGAAAUGAAUUGCAUUUGGAAAUUGCCACAGUUGUCAAGAAAGGAACUGCGGAGUGGUAUGAGAACAUCAUCUCAGAGUACAAACCAGAGAAAGGGGCCCUGGAGGAGCAGCUAAGGAGACUGGUCCAGGUGGUGGAUGCUGUGUGUGCUGACGCCCAGAGUGGACAGAACGUCUACAACAAGCUGUUCUACAGUGCUGUGAAAGUAGAUUUCUUCAGCAUCUCAUACAGGCAGUUGGAAAAACUAGUAGCAGAUGAUGUGAGCGUUGCCAUGGAAAGGGUGUGUGGAACUCUGGAACAGGAAAGCACCAGACUGACUCAGAGCAUGGGCGAGACCCUCUUUGAGCUCUACAUGUCUUUAAAAACACUGAAACGCUUCAGGGAGUUUCUACCUCUCAAGGAUGCUAAAAUGCUAGCUUUGACUAGCUUUCACAACUGGUUCAAGUCCUCUAUACACAAGUGGCUGCAGAUAGUCCAUGAGAGAUCCUGCGACAGGAUUCGUAAGGCAGUGGACAUGGACCAGCUGGAGCCAGUGCAUCAGACCAAACAUAGCUCCUCAGCAGUGGAUGUCACAGCAUGUUUCAGCCAGGUGCAGGACUUCUGGUCCCAGCUGGCUUGGCCAGACUCUGCAGGAGCCUUCAUCUUCGUCACCCGCCUGACGGAUAAUUUCUGCAGUGAGGCUGUGAGUUACUCUGAGAUGAUAAAGCGCAAGAUUGAGACCAGCCAGCUCGGCCAAGACCACAAGAUCCUAACAGUGCAGCUGUGCAUUGCACUGAACAACACCGAACACGUGCGUGUGUUCCUGGGGGGCCUGCCCCGGGACCUGGACUGGCCCGGGUUGGAACAGGCCAUGGAGGAGUCUUGUGGAGCGGAAGGCAAGGAGCAGGUCAACAAGGCCCUCAACGGGCAACUGUACAACGCAGACCUAGACCUGCAGAGAGAGGCCAAGCGCCUCAUCACCCUGCUCACUGACAAGAUGCUCUCAGAGUUGAGGAGGUACAUUCAGCACAUCAGCCUCUCCCCUGACUCCAUCAACAAUGAUGACGCUGUGUCCCCCCUCAUGAAGUACUUGCACGACACUCUGGUCAUCCUCAGUGAGUCCCUGCUGAAGGAGAAUCUGACAAGAGUUCUCCACAGCAUGUGGGAGCUGCUCCUCAGGAUGAUCCUGGACACCAUCGCUGAGAACCGGGGAGUCCAGGUGGAGUUCUACAACCGCUUUCAGUACACUGUGGAGGCCCUGUUGCAGUUCUUUCACGCUGAAGGAGAGGGACUGGUGUUGGAGGAUAUGAAGAGUGGAGACUACAAGGCCCUGGAUGAGGAGCUAAAGCUGAAUAAAUGCUCCUCCUUUGAGCUGAUCGAGCAGUACUUCCUGGAGAAGAUCUCCCAGCAGAGAACACUAAAGCACACCCGUUUUGGCCGCAUCAGUGUAAAGUGUUACUACGAUGCUCCUGAACAGAGACUGACUGUGGAAAUUUUGCAUGCAGCUGAUCUCAUUGCCCUGGAUGCCAACGGGCUGAGUGAUCCCUUUAUCAUCAUGGAACUGUGUCCCCAUCACCUCUUUCCCAUGGCCAAGAGUCAGCGCACCCAAGUCAAGCUCAAGACCCUUCAUCCAGUAUUUGAUGAGAUCUUUUACUUCCAUGUCAGUCCUGAGCAGUACAGACACAGGUUUGCAUGUUUGAUCUUCACUGUGAUGGACUAUGAUUGGUUGUCCACCAAUGACUUUGCUGGUGAAGCUGUGGCCCCCCUAAGUGACUACUGUUGGCCGGGGAGACCUAAUGCCUCAGCCUCUGGCAAGAACGUCCAGCCCUCCAUCUUGCACUUGUCUCGCAACAAACCCAGCGAGAAGCCAAUCAUGAGGAUGUUGGAUGCACGGACAGGAGACAAGGAGGCUCAGGAGUUUGUUCGCAGACUGAAGGAGAUUGAGAAGUCUAUGGAAGAGGAAUAAGCUGUCCAGCUUCUGGUGUAUCAAUGUUUUCUUGCCACAUCUUGCCGUAUUUACUUUUGUACGUGUUGUACGAUGUUUCCAAUGUUUACAGUUUUUAAAUCCUCUUGAAUGUGCAGUAAAUAUGUCCAAAUGGAAAAACAUGGUAAGACAUGACGCUGUUUUCUAUUUGGGAAGCUGAUGUCCUGUCAGUGCUGUAUUUUAAUGUCUCAGCAUUUCCCAGACAGGGAGUAUCUGAGAAAUGUGACCAAUAGUGUUAGCUAUACAGUAUAUUUUGUUAAGAGGUUUCUGAAUGUCAUCUUGUUGUAUUAUCUUUGAUAUGAUCGAUUUAAAAGUACAUCAAAUGACAAUUGUGUUUGUGAAAUGAUUGGUAUGCAGUUUAAUCAUUAAAAUGGAUAUCACAGCCAUUAUAAUAUUUUACACAUACUAAUUCCCCCCAACCCCCCCCCCCCCC